UCUUGACUCACGCGAGACCAUUUUGCAUGCGCGGGUACACCAUUUUGCAUGCAAAUGCAUGGCGGGGCGCGGCAAAAUUCUGUUUGGCGCUACUUUUUUCUCUCUGGCGCAUUUCUUUUCUUGCUCCCGCUACUUUUUUCACUGUUUUGCUGGCUAUAUAGCCUCACUUGUUGCGCACAAACGAAAUGUUUUCAUUUGAACUCCUACAGAAAGCAAUGGCGUUGUUUGACCUGAAUAUACAACAACCUUUUGUGACAGAUUUAGGUUUUGAUAUGAACCAAGAACCAGUUCAUAUGUUUGACCUGAAUGUGGCAGCACCAGUUGAGAGUGUUCAGCGGAAAGAUGCUUCCGAAGUUGUUUUAAAUCAAGUAUUCCAGGAACUGCUGCGAAGAAGUAAGAAUGGAGUGCUACCAAGGAAUGCUACUAGCGAAGUUGCCGUAAUGUAUAAUCUUGGAAUUCGAACUGUACAACGAUGUUGGGCUGAAGGUAAACUCUCACUUGAUCUUGGUAUUAUGGUUAGUUUUGCUAGUAAAAAGAGAGGUAAAUGUGGUCGUAAGCCAAGUCCAGUAAACUAUGAGCGAUUGCGCAAUGUUCCUCUUAAGGAAAGAACCACUCUUGAAGAUUCAGCUAAAGUACUUGGUGUUUGCAAGAGAACACUUUUGAAACACGUGAAACAAGGGAAAGUUAGAAGGCACACGAGUAGUAUCAAACCGCAUCUUACCGAUGAAAACAAGAAGUCUAGGCUACAGUGGUGUGUUGACAUGCUUGAGCAUGAGACUUUGCAUGACAAUCCAAGGUUUAAGAGUAUUUUUGACCAUGUUUUCAUUGAUGAGAAGUGGUUCUUCAUUACUCGAAAAUCUGAGAGGUAUUAUUUGUUGCCCGAUGAGGAUGAGCCUUAUCGUACUUGUCGGAGUAAGAACAACAUCCCGAAGCUCAUGUUCUUAUGUGCCACCGCUCGUCCAAGAUUUGAGAAUGGAAUUUGCACGUUCGAUGGGAAGAUUGGAUGCUUCCCUUUAGUUACUUUUGAACGUGCAAAAAGGAGUAGUAUUAAUCGUCCAGCUGGAACAAUGGAAGUGAAACCCAUCACUUCGAUAAAGAGAGAUGUCGUUAGAGAGUUCAUGAUACAAAAGGUACUUCCAUCUAUUAAAGCUAAGUGGCCACGUGAAGAUGUCAACAAACCAAUUUAUAUUCAACAAGACAACGCGCCAUCUCAUAUUGAAGUUAACGAUCCAAUGUUUUGUGAAGCUGCACAACAAGAUGGUUUCGACAUUCGUCUCACUUGUCAACCGGCGAAUUCCCCAGAUUUUAAUAUAUUAGACUUGGGGUUUUUUCGUGCCAUACAAUCAAUUCAAUACAAGAAAUCAGCAAAAACAGUUCAAGAUCUAAUUCCAGUUGUGCAAGAGGCUUUCCAUGAAUAUCCUCCAUGCAAGGCAAACAGAAUGUACUUAACACUUCAUCAAGUUUUGAAAGAAACGAUGAAAGUUCAUGGAUCCAAUAAGUAUAAUCUUCCUCACAUGAAGAAGGGAACACUUGAAAGACAAGGAUCACUACCGGUACAAGUUCAUUGUGAAAGAUCAUUGGUAUACGAAGCCAUGCAAAAGCUUGCUACAUGGAACAUUUAGGAAUAGUGAUAGUAGAAUUUAGUUCACCGAAUGUAAUCUCCAUCAGUUUAUUUUUGCUGCA